AAAAAUGGUUGGAAAGAAAAAAAGCCAAGUUCUGAUUCUUCUCAUCAUACCCGUAUCAUUAUCCUGAAUCUUGGCUUUGUUUCUUUCCCAAAUAAUUCCAUUAUCCAAAUACAAAUUGUAUUUAAAUUUCCUUUUGGGUGGCACAAUCCAUUAUUGAUAAUCAAUUCAUCUCCAACUUCAAUCAAAGGUUUUGUUUUUUCAUUGUAUCUAGGAACGAUGGGUAUAUUCAGAUUUUAGCUGUAUUUGAUGACCUGGGUCUGAACGCUUGGGGCCUCAAAAUGCCCACACGGCAAGACAAUACAGAUUCCAACAAUGGUUCUGGAACAGGGUCUUCCCUACUGGACCUCUUACGUUCAGACAUCUAUUGGAAUUGUCGAAAGGAAGGACAAACAUCUUCUGGUCCACGAGGAAGGUUGGAGAAUCUUUUGUGUCAAUCAGGAAAUAACAUUUGUGCAGAUUGUGGAUCUCCAGAUCCAAAAUGGGUAUCUGUAAGUCUUGGAGUAUUUAUUUGUAUCAAGUGUUCUGGUGUACAUAGAAGCCUCGGAGCACAUGUCUCAAAGGUUUUAUCAAUUAAGCUAGAUGAAUGGACAGAUGAACAGGUUGAUACGUUGACGGGUAUGGGUGGAAACAAUGAGGCAAACAUGAAGUAUGAAGCUUCCAUUCCGGACUACAUCAGAAAACCAAGACCAGAUUCCUCUACAGAGGAACGCUCUGAUUUCAUUAGGAGAAAAUAUGAGAUGCAACAAUUUUUCAACUCUGAUGAACAGAUGUUCUGCCCCUUUCCACCUCAAGGUUUGUGCUCACCAUCCUCCCAAGGUGGUUCUUCAAGCAAUCAGUCUGGUUUACCCCCAGAGAAGAAGCACUAUGAGAAACAGACAACUACCCAUCGUCUCCAUGGACUUGGGCUGGCAUUUCGCAAUAGUUGGAGAAGAAAAGAGCCUGAGCACAAGCCUGUCAAGAAGAGCAGCUCAUCGGCAGGCAUGAUCGAAUUUGUCGGAUUGAUAAAGGUCAAUGUAGUCAAAGGCACCAACCUAGCUGUCCGUGAUGUAAUGACUAGUGAUCCAUACGUUCUCCUUGCAUUGGGACAACAAUCGGUGAAGACGCGUGUCAUAAAGAACAACCUUAAUCCAGUAUGGAAUGAAAGGUUAAUGUUGUCAAUUCCAGAACAAAUUCCACCAUUAAGAGUGUUUGUGUAUGACAAGGAUACUUUCUCAACCGAUGAUUUCAUGGGGGAGGCCGAGAUUGACAUCCAACCUCUGGUUUCUGCUGCCAUAGCCCACGAGAAUUCCACGUUAAAUGAACCAAUGGAAUUCGGCAAGUUGGUAGCAAGCAAAGAAAACACCCUGGUAAAAGACAGUAUCAUAAGCCUGACAGAUGGGAAGGUGAUGCAGGACGUUAGUCUCAAACUACAGAAUGUCGAAAGGGGAGUGCUGGAGAUCGAGCUUGAAUGUGUUCCUCUUAGUCAAUAGCAGGCACAGCGAAUUCCCAGAAAUGUAACCGAUCCAUAUGAUGCCAAAAUUCCUGGAAAUGUUACUUGGGGCCUUGCCAUGCAUUUCCAUCCUGAUAGUGGCUCUAUUUUGCUGUAAUCCUUGUUCUCAUCUUUAAGACUAUUGAGGAAUUUUACAAUAUGUCAGUCACAAGAGAAUGUGUGGAUCCACUUGUAUUAUAUUAUGUAUCAACAAGCAAGGUACAAAAAUCUUGGCGAUGCUGGAA